UAUCUGACUCUCCAGGUAGCCACCAUGUCCAUGUUCCACUUAAUAUUUUUCAUCUGGGUCCUCUUGUCAGCAAGCUUCUCACUUGUUAUUGGCUCCGACGUCUCAUGGUGCCCGCAUCAUUUCUUCCAUAGACAGACCAGAAAGUUUGAGCAGAAAACUGAUAGGUUCUGGGAAUUCAAAGAGGAAACCAACACUUGGGUUGAAGUUAAAUUGCCUUAUGAUCUGAUCUCUUGUGUUGAUGAUAACUGUACUAAACUGGGGUCCAUAGAACCAUCAAGAGAAUAUGAUCAUGAUGACGGUGCAAGAAGAAAGGAGAGUUCAGAAGAGGGGAAUUCUGGGGGGUUUGUUCUGCCCAUGAGAAAGAGAGUUUCUUUGACUAAGAUGUCUGAGACUUCCGUUUGGGUCAUCGGCGAAAGCGGGUCAAUAUAUGAGAGGUUUUGGAAUGGUGUUCAGUGGGUGAUAGCACCUCAUGAUUUGCCCAUAUCAGCAGAACAUGCAGUUUCUGUUUUUAUUGUCAACCACACAAUUCUUGCUCUUUCUGAAGCAGGAAAUCUGUAUCAGAUGCAACUAAGUGAAAGUUCCCAACCAAUUUGGGUGGUGUUUAUACCUACACUCGAUCUAGGUGCAGAAAAAGAAGAAAAAGGUUCUGAGGUCUUGAUCAAAUCUGGUGUUGUUUCCCAUGAUGGAGAGAGAAUUUAUUUCUGCACUAAGAAUGGGACAUUAUUAGAACUUGCUGAGGUUGAACCUCCAAGAUGGGUAAACCAUGGCCAACCGCCGGGUGCUAAUGUUGCAGCAAUAGCUGAUGCUGGUGCUGCAAGAACAGAAGUAGUCUAUACCAUAAGUUCUAUCGGUGGUCUUUAUGAAUACGAUAGGAGUUCGAAACCGUGGUGGAAGAAGCAUAUAUGGAGGGAAGGAACAGUUCAAGAUGCUUCUCUUAAACCAAUGAAGGGGAGUACUUUACAUGGUUUGAGUGGAGACAAUUCCAUAUCCCUUUUUCUUUUAACAAAGGGUGGUAAUUUGGUAGAGAGAAGGUUACACCAAAGGAAGUGGAAAUGGGUGGUCCAUGGAAGUCCAAAAGAUCAGUACCUAACAUCUAUCACACAAGUAGUACAAGAUGACUUGAAUGAUAAAUUCUUGUCAUUAUUUUUCACUACAUCUUCUGGGUCCGUUUUCGAAUACCGAAUAUCAAAGAAAGCAGGUACUGCUCAAGAAAAUGAAAUUAAAGAAACAUGGGAGAGUCAUAUGCAUCCUCCACAUGCCAAAGCUGCAAGAGGCAUUGCUGGACAACAAUUUCAACUUGGAAGAAUACUUUUCCCACUGGAUGAUGGAAGACUAGCAGAGCUGCAUCUUUCAGGUGUUGGCGGCGAAAAUGCGGGCCCAACUCACCAAAUCAAUGUUAGAAGAAAAGCAGCAAUGAAAUAUGAAUGGUCAAUAUUAGAUGCUCCAGAGACUGAAGGAUGGAAUGGCGAGUACUGCACUGAAGAACGCGGACCGACAAAUUGCAUCAUGGGCACUAAAGAUGAGCCCAAUGACUCGGGAACAGCAAGAUCAGUGACAAGAAGAAGGAAGGGAAGCCAACAGCAAGAUUACUUAUUACCAAAUGUAGCAGCCAAUGAGGCAACACAAUCUUCGGAUGAAUAUAGUUUCUUUGACAAUUGGAUCGAGGCAAACUUUCGUUUGAGAGUGAUGCAAGGAGGGAGAUCGUUUUUCUUCAUAACGGAUGGCGGUUUUACUUUCGAAUAUCUUUAUACUGAAAAUGGAUGGAUAUGGCUGAGGCAUGAGCAUGCCACGGCUAUCAAAGGCGCAGUGGGAAACUACAAUGGAAGUUUGUAUGUGGUUGACGCGUACGGGAGUUUACUAAUAAGGGAGAGGAGUAGCAGUGAACUAGCAUGGAUAAAUUGCACUGCUUUGAGGAAAGGCAGGCAAGUGAUUGGAGGCCCUCCUUGGGAUGGAAUGCCGGGUAGAGCUACUAAAGUGACAGCCGAAGAUUCACUCUUCUUUGUGAGCAAGAAUGGAAGAUUACUACAAUUCACAGUUGCUUUGAGGAAAUUCAAAUGGAAAGAUUGCAAAAAGCCUCCAAGUACUAAAGUUGCAUGCAUAGUAGAUCAGGAACUUUUCAGGGAAAACAUAGUGUUCGUCGUUGGAACAAACGGUCGGCUAUAUCAGUACAACAAAGUGACUGAACUCUGGCACGAGCAUUACCAGUCUCAGCAUUUGGUUCUGUCCAGAUUGCCAGGAACUGCUAUGAGGUCUUCAUCAAUGUCCCUAACAGGCUCGCUUUUCAUGGUUUCCGAAGAUGGUGGAUUAGUCGAAUAUCAUUGGAGCUCGUUGGAUGGUUGGAAUUGGGUUGAACACGGAGCUCCAAAUAAAGGUGUAAUGUUGGUUGGUUCUCCAGGGCCUUCCUUUGAAGGCAAAAUACUGUUUUUGAUUGGUUCAGAUGGGAAUGUAUAUCAAAGGUACAUGGAUCAAACGACAUGGAAAUGGAAAAACUGUGGUUUCCCAUACGUGGAAAAUCAGCUAGAAGAUGAAAACCUUAGUGAUGCCAACAAAAACUGUGACCCAAAGGUAGCAUCUAUACGACCAAUUCCUUUUUCUGAAGAUUCAGCAGUGUUUGAGUUGAGAGAUGGCAGAUUGGCGGAAUUGAGACGAAUGGAGGGCACUCAUUGGGCAUGGUCUCGCACAAUAGGCACUCCGACAAGCUUAUGCAUGGAGAGUUAUUGGACUGCCGUGGCAUCAUAAGACAAAACAUAAGUAUUUCAAUGCCGAAGAACAUUGAAGAACAUUUCAGAACCAUAAGGAAAUACAAAGAAGCCUCCACGGUUCCUUACGAGUGGACUAAACACUGUACAUAGAAUACAUAGCUUUUUGUUUGCCUUCCACGCUGUAUUGGAAGACGAGAUUCAGAGAGCAACACUUGGUUACGAUCAUUGUACAAAGAAACAAUACGCCGUUCGGCAUUAUAUCAACUAUCAAGACGACACAAAA